UCUUGCCGUCGCAGCACCACCGAGCAAAUCCACGAAACAAAAAUCUAACCAACAACUUGAGUCUUCAGAAGUACAGAUCAUCCAGCGAGCGAGCUAGCGAGAAUGGAGGGCAGGGUGUUCGGGCUGGAGACCCCGCUGAUGACGGCGCUGCAGCACCUGCUCGACAUCCCGGACAAUGAGGCCGGCAACGCCGGCGGCGAGAAGCAGGGCCCGACGCGCGCCUACGUCCGCGACGCGCGCGCCAUGGCGGCGACCCCGGCCGACGUGAAGGAGCUCCCCGGCGCGUACGCGUUCGUGGUGGACAUGCCGGGGCUCGGGUCCGGCGACAUCAACGUGCAGGUGGAGGACGAGCGGGUGCUGGUCAUCAGCGGCGAGCGCCAGAGGGAGGAGAAGGAGGACGCGAAGUACCUGCGCAUGGAGCGCCGGAUGGGGAAGCUGAUGCGCAAGUUCGUGCUGCCCGAUAACGCCGACAUGGAGAAGAUCUCCGCGGUUUGCCGCGACGGCGUGCUCACCGUGUCCGUGGAGAAGCUGCCGCCGCCCGAGCCUAAGAAGCCCAAGACCAUCCAGGUCCAGGUCGCCUGAGUUGGAGGACCUGCACGUUGAAUGGAAGCUGAGUCAGGGUAGUGAUCGAUGAGUAGUGAGUGAAUCUCCUGUGAUGAGUGUUGUGUCUGUGUUUUCGUUCAGGCUGGUUAUCGUGUCUGGGCAAUGUCGUGUCGGUGUGUGAUGGUGUGAUGUUUCGUUAAUGGAAAUGCCGAUGCUCUCCUGCUUUGUCUGAAUAAA